AGAUAAUCAAUCAUUUUUUUUUCUUCAUGUUCUUCAAAAUUUGUGCACGCAUGAUGCUUCAUGUUCUGAUACAAAAAUCAAACCACCUAAAUUCACAUAUACAUGGCUGCUCAAAUCUCUCCCAUUUUUUCAACAUGCACCACUAAAUCCGUGAAUGAUGAGUCUCUCGUCCCCGGUUUCGAUUCCCAGAGAAUCACCAAAUAUACAACAAUUUCCUUCUCUUCUCACCUCAACGCCAAUCUGUCAAUCAAAUCUUUGGAGACUAGAAGAAGACGACGAAAACAAAACUACUCCAAAUUAGUAACAGAAUGCUACUCUGACCAAAUGAAGCUUGAUACCAGUCUGGGCCCUAGGGUCAAUUCCGUAAAUCCUUCAAAAACAGUGUCCCUAAUUGACGAAACAGCUGCACUUCUAGAAGCCGGUAUUCCUGUCAUUCGCUUAGCUACCGGAGAAUCCGAUUUUGACACCCCCGCUGUUAUCGCUGAGGCUGGAAUAAAUGCAAUUCGUGAAGGUUACACAAGGUAUACAUCUAAUGCAGGUACCCUUGAACUACGAACAGCAAUUUGCAAGAAAUUGAAGGAGGAGAAUCAUAUUUCCUACACACCCGAUGAAAUUGUGGUUAGUAAUGGGGCAAAACAGAGUACACUACAAGCAGUUCUUGCUGUUUGUUCCCCAGGAGACGAGGUUAUAAUUCCAGCUCCAUUUUGGGUAAGGGCAGUUUAUCCUAGGAAGCUUCUAGAAGAAAUUGCUCUAGUUGUUGCAAAGCAUCCAAGACUUUUGGUGGUUUCUGAUGAAACUUAUGAGCACAUAAUAUUUUCGCCAGCAACCCACACGAGUUUUGCAUCUUUGCCUGGCAUGUGGGAACGGACACUAACAGUCAAUGGGUUCUCUAAGGCUUUUGCAAUGACUGGAUGGAGACUUGGAUAUAUUGCUGGUCCUAAACACUUUGUUGCUGCCACUGGAAAAAUUCAAAGUCAGUCAACUUCAGGUGCUAGUAGCAUAUCUCAAAAAGCGGCUGUAGCUGCUUUAGGAAUGGGAUACGCAGGUGGAGAAGCUGUUUCACAAAUGGUCAAAGCAUUUCGUGAACGAAGAGAUUUUUUGGUCAAAGCUUUCAGGGAAUUAAAUGGUGUCAAAAUAUCUGAACCUCAGGGUGCUUUCUACAUCUUUCUUGAUUUGAGCUAUUACUAUGGUAUGGAGGUUGAUGGUUUUGGUUUGAUUAAGGAUUCAGAGUCACUAUGUCGGUAUUUGCUGCAAAAAUGUCAGGUUGUCCUUGUCCCGGGAGUUGCAUUUGGGGAUGACAAUUGCAUCCGGAUCUCUUAUGCAACAUCUCUCUCCACCCUUCAAACCGCUGUUGACAGAAUUAAGAAAGCUAUCGUCACUCUUAAAGCCCCACCCGCGAUAUCUCUUUAAAUAUUCCAAACCAAGUCAGGGUAAAACUGUCAUUUCACAUAGUGUGAGUGAUAUUGGGAAAUGGGAAUGUUUCUUUUUUCUUGUGAUUAGGCAGAAACUUAUUUUUUAAGUUAUUUAUUAGGACGUUUUACUUUCUUCUUUAACAAUUAAAUAAUUAUUCUUAUCUAUUGGAAAUUUGUUAUGAAGCUUUCCUCAUCCAAUCUGUCGCUUUUAAGAAGGAUAUUACUUGUGUUGACUUUGAACUGUAUAAAAACAGUACAAUAUAGGUGGAAAAUAUUCAUUUUUAUUUUGUAUAUUUAUCCUUAAAUUCUUUUCAUU